CUAAAAACGAGUCAUGUUCCACAGCACGCGGUUAAACCGGUCAAGCGUUAUAUGCGUCAGAUGGAUCAGCGCUCAUAGCUAUUCUUGCUAUCAUUUGCGUGUGCUGGCGCGGACUCUCAAAUUUCAAUGUUGAUUGUUUACUUUGCAGCGCCUGCUCACAAAUCACGUCGCCCCCAAGGUCAAUUGUAACAGGAUGAGUAUCUUCGAUGUCCAGGGUUCUGAGAUGGAAACAUCUCCCCUUCUGCACGAAACCACGCAAAAAAAGCAAAAGACGCCCCUUCCAAAACUGCAGAUCGGCAUUUUGAUGCUUGUCCAAAUGGCAGAACCCAUUGCUUGCAUGUCAAUAUACCCGUACAUCAACCAGCUGAUCCGAGAACUUGAUAUCACUGGUGGUAACGAUGCAGCAGUCGGUUAUUACGCUGGAAUUAUAGAAUCACUUUUCUUCAUCACAGAAUCACUGACGGUAUUGAAAUGGAGCCGUCUUUCUGAUCGCAUUGGACGCAAACCUGUCAUUAUGAUCGGUUUAUUUGGAGUGGGUCUCUCAAUGCUCUGCUUCGGUCUCUCGACCUCCUUCUGGACUCUUGUCGUCAGCCGUUGUAUCUGUGGAAUGCUCAAUGGUAAUAGCGGAGUCAUGAGAAGUAUGAUGGGCGAACUCACGGAUUCGACCAACAUGGCGCAAGGAUUUGCUCUUAUACCCAUCACAUGGUGCUUUGGGAGCUUCUUCGGCUUCGUUAUGGGGGGAACUCUAGCUCGCCCUCAAGACCGUUGGCCAAAUCUCUUUGCUGGACAAUUCUGGGCAAAAUAUCCGUAUUUCUUGCCCUGUGCUGUUGCUGCAUCGAUUGUUUCCGUGUCGUUCAUGCUCGUAUUUCUCCUGGAAGAGACAUUAGCAACCAAGCGCAAGCGCAAUAGCAAUGCCACGGGCGAACAACUUUCGGAAGAAUACAGGAGUAAUGAAUCACCCUCGGAGAAUAUGGCCAACGUCCCCGUCCCCCUACGUUCGCUGCUCAUUCGUAGCAUCAUAAUUCCCCUAGCGAAUCAAACAUUUCUUUCGUUUCUCGACAUCUGUAUCUUUGCUCUCAUGCCCUUGUUUUAUUCCACCCCUCACUACCUCGGCGGACUAGGAUUCGCACCCCAAACGAUUGGGUUAUGGAUGGCGCUAUUCGGCAUCAUCGACGGUUUAUUCCAGGCGCUGUUCUUCGCCAAAAUCGUUGACCGGCUAGGUCCCAAACGCACAUUCUACACAGGUAUAUCGUGUUUUAUACCUAUCAUGGUCACGUUUCCAGUCAUGUCAUGGCUCGUCUUCUCCGGAGGCGCUGACUACAUGGUCUCGAUCGCACUGAUGUGCCACCUUCUUCUGAUAGUAGCGUGGGACAUCUCUCUAGCGAGUAUAUUAAUGUUCAUUACCGCGUCCGCACCCACGAAAAAUGUCCUGGGUGCGAUCAAUGGUAUGGGUCAAAUGACAGUAUCAAUCGCACGUGCAAUCGGUCCCAUGUUCACCGGGUCCAUUUUCGCGUUCUCGAAGGAUCACAAUGUUUUGGGUGGUCACGCGGUAUUUGUUGUUCUGUGCAUACCUGCGGUUGGGAUGUUGUGGUUAGCGUCUUACCUACCUAAGGAAUUGCAGAAUAGAGAUGAGGAUGAGUAAAAAUUUGUCGCCUUGCGAGUAAUUCAUACGGUAGAGGAAUGAAUAAACCAGUAUGCUCUUAGUAA